AGGUGGAGAUGGGGGCGGAGGGAGCCGGAGCUGUCACAGGCCCCGGGUCCGCCUGACCGAGCCAAGUAGGGUGUCAUGGCCGCGGGGGGCAGCGGCUGCACUUCCUCUGCUGGCGGCGGCAGCGGCGGCCGGGGAGUUAAUCCUCGACGCUUGGGUCGGUCCCGUUUCCCUCUGUGCGGCGGCCGGCGGGACCAUAAGGGCUUAACUCAUAUAUUUAACCCCCCUCCAAAAAGGUUUGAAAGUAUUCUUGAAGGGCUGUUUGGACCUGCAUUAUUAAAAGAUCUCAGUUUAUUUAAAGACUGUGAACCUGAAAACAUUUCUGAUUGGACUUUUGAUGAAAAUUGUCUAUUCUGUUGCUUGAGAAGAGAUAAAGUAAAGGGACACUUAGUCGGUCUGGAUGAACCAGCUUCGGGAGCUGGGCAAGAAGCUCUGCUUAAACAAGAGCAAGCAAAAAUCAUUCGAUUCGAGAGACAAGCAGAAGAGUUCCUCAAUGCAGUCUUUUAUAGAAAAGACAGUCCCUGGGUCUCCGACCCCAAUAUUCCCCUAGUGGCCCGUGAGAUCAUGCAGCGAAUGAUCCAACAAUUUGCUGCUGAAUAUACCUCAAAAAAUAGCUCUACUCAGGACCCCAGCCAGCCCAAUAGCACAAAGAACCAAAGCCUGCCGAAAGCAUCUCCAGUCACCACCUCUCCCACGGCUGCAACUACUCAGAACCCUGUGCUCAGCAAACUUCUCAUGGCUGACCAAGACUCACCUCUGGACCUUACUGUCAGAAAGUCUCAGUCAGAACCUAGCGAACAAGACGGUGUACUUGAUCUGUCCACUAAGAAAAGUCCAUGUGCUGGCAGCACUUCCCUGAGCCAUUCUCCAGGCUGCUCCAGUACUCAAGGGAACGGUGAGAACUCAGCAGAGGCGAUAGCAGUAGAUUCUAACAAUCAGUCGAAGUCCCCACUGGAGAAGUUUAUGGUCAAACUGUGCACUCAUCACCAGAAGCAGUUCAUCCGCGUCCUGAACGAUCUGUACACUGAAUCCCAGCCGGGCACGGAGGACCUGCGGCUUGAUUCUGGAACGAUGGAUGCAUCCACUUGCAAUGCUGGCUGUGCCCAGCUAGGCGCCAGACAUAAGGAAAAAGAUGCUGUGUGUCUCGAUAUGAAGUCUCCUCCUUCUGUAGAUUUGUUCGUAGACUCAUCAGACCCGCACAGCCCUCCACACUUGACAGAACAGGCCCUGAAGGAGCCUCCUCCUGAGAUAAACUCUGCAGAUGGAAGAGAGAAUGCCUUGACUAUUAUCCAGAAAGCUUCCUCUGAACAUCCAACCACUAAACCUAAUUCUGGUAGUUCAACGGAUAGUUCCACUCUGGGAUACCUCACCGCAUCUAAUUCUUCCUCAUUAAGCUUCCACCACACCUCUAAGAGCUUGGAGGGGCAAACCACUGGACAGGAGCAAGACACAAAUGUGAAAAUAUGUGAGGAUGGGAAAGACCAUAUGCAGAGCUCAGCUUUAGUAGAAAGUCUGAUUGCAGUGAAAGUGGCACCUGAGAAUAGUGAGGAGAGCAACAGCUGUAUUGUUUCUCAAAGAAAUUCAUUCAAAGCUUUAUCAGAAGAGGCUUGGGACUCAGGGUUUACUGGGAAUUCACCUAGAACUGCUGACAAAGAGAAUGCUUUACUCUGUAGCUCAAAAACACCUAUGCGCCAGGAGUUAGAGUCCAGUGAACAAGAUUCAAGGCCAAAGCAAGAGAACCAUCUUCACUCACUAGGAAGAAAUAAGGUGAGUUAUCACUUACAUCCCAGCGAUAAGGGUCAGUUCGAUCAUUCCAAAGAUGGUUGGUUAGCCUCCAGCCCCAUGCCAGCUGUCCACAAAGCAUCUAACGGACAUUCGCGAACCAAGAUGAUAUCAACCUCCAUUAAGACAGCUCGGAAGAGUAAGAGGGCAUCAGGGCUGAGGAUAAACGAUUAUGAUAACCAGUGUGAUGUCGUUUAUAUCAGUCAGCCAAUAACAGAGUGCCACUUGGAAAAUCAAAGAUCAAUAUUAUCUUCUCGGAAAACAGCCAGGAAGAGUACUCGAGGAUACUUCUUCAAUGGUGAUUGUUGUGAGCUGCCAACUGUUCGCACGCUGGCCAGAAAUUUACACUCUCAAGAGAAAGCGAGCUGUUCAACAGUGGAGCCAGAGGCAGUGGUCACUGCCAAGCAGACCCUCAUACUUUCCGCCCCUGGACCUGCUGUGGAUGUGCAGUGUCCCAGAGAAGACGACCAUGAAGAACCUAGUAAAGAAAUAACCUCCCUCAAGGAAGGAGAAAGAGAAGCUUCCUCUGAAAAGGAAUCUCAGGAGCCUGAGGUUUGCCCCAUGGCAAAUAAACCAAAUCCGAGCAGCUCUCCCAGGUCAGAGGAAACAACAGCCUCCAGCUUGGUGUCGCCUCUCCCUGCUCACCUUCCCGAAGAGGACACGCCAGAAGGCAGCUCCAUGGUCUCAACUCCCACAGCAAGUGGGGUGGCUUUCCCGGAACAAGAUCAACAACCAGUCCAACUGCUGGAUAUCAAGGAGGGGACUGUCAUCCAAGACGGUCACCUGGUUUCCUCUGCUGAGAGCAUUUCUGAGGGAGGCAGUGACAAUGUGGUUUCUAGGCCUCAUUCUUCUCCUGAAACAGUCAGCAGAGAGGAAGGUCCUCUGGGCUCAGAAAGUCAGAGUCCGCCCGUGGGUUUGGAGCCUCCCCUGAGCCUGGGAAAAGCUGAAGACAACCAAAGCGGCAGUACUGAGGCCAAGACUGAAGAAGACACUCAGGAGCUGGAUACCUGCCCACCCUUGAAGGAAAGCAGCACUUUUACUAAUGAAAACCCCGGAGAAAUUGAGGACAGUGAGGCAGCAGGUGAUACAGGAAAAUCAGAGGGACAGAGCAGUGAUGUAAAACUUUGUUCAGAAAAAGAUACGUGCGAUCAAAACAUUGAUUCACCUGAAGAGAAUGUGGACAAGAAGAAAAAAAGUAAAAAACUCCCUGAGGCCUCUGACAGGUGCCUAAGGAGUCAGCUUUCAGAUCCUCCGUCUGCCGAUAGGUGCCUGAGAAGUCAAAGUUCGGAUUCUUCCUCUGCUUGUCCUGAGAUCAAGAUUUCUAAAAAUCCUGGUAUGAAACGUUCUAAAAAAGAAGGGUGCCCUGGGGAGACAGCAUCUGAGGGCCUUCUGGCUGACGGCUUCCAUACAAAAGGUCUGGAGGACACUGAAAACCCAGGUGUUAAUGAAAAUCUCUCUGAGAAAGACACUGAGCAGGAGGGCGAAGGAGGUGGGAUCAUCACCAGGCAGACUUUUAAAAACAUGCUGGCAAAAGAAGUCAAGGGGGAAGAAGGAGAUAUUUUCCCCAGCAAUGAUCCCAUAACCACAGUGGGCCAGCCCCUGCCUGGAGAGAGACUGGAAAUCUAUGUUCAGUCUAAGUUAGGGGAGAAAAAUGCUCAUGACCCCUCAGAAAGUAUUCCUUGUACUUUCCCAGAACAAUCAAAAGAGAAGCCAGAACGAAUUCCCACACAAGAUCUGGAGGAGGUUGUGAAUGAGGUCGGCACUGAAAACACCCAGUGUAAAGAUGGUGAAAGUGACCUGCCGUCCAGUGCACUGGGCUUGUCAAGUAGUGGAAGUGGUGAUGGUGCUGGGCCCCCAAAAUGGGUACCGAGGCUUACAAGACUGACCUCUUCAACCUACAACCUAAGACAUGCUCAUUCUCUGGACUCCUCAGACACUGCUAGAGUGACUUCAGAAAAGGAAGCAGCACAAGCAAACCCAAUGCCAAAGGAAGAUGAAGCUUCGGAGAGUGGAGAUCCCUUAGAAGAGGAGGAUGUGGACCCCGUGGUGGACGACCAGCCAAAGUUUGUGGAAUGGUGUGCAGAGGAGGAGAACCAAGAGCUUAUUGCCAACUUCAAUGCCCAGUACAUGAGAGUUCAGAAAGGCUGGAUCCAGUUGGAGAAAGAAGCCCAGCCAACACCAAGAUCAAGGAACAAGUCAGAUAAACUGAAGGAGAUUUGGAAAAGCAAGAAAAGGUCACGGAAAUGUAGAGGUUCAUUGGAGGUUCAAAAGUUUUCUCCUGUUCAGAUGCUGUUUAUGACAAACUUUAAAUUAUCUAAUGUUUGCAAAUGGUUCUUAGAGACUACUGAAACCCGGUCACUGGUGAUCGUGAAGAAGCUCAACACUCGUCUUCCGGGAGACAUCCCCCCUGUCAAGCAUCCUCUUCAGAAGUACUCUCCUUCCAGCCUGUACCCCAGUUCACUACAGGCUGAGCGCUUGAAAAAGCACUUGAAGAAAUUUCCUGGAGCUACUCCUGCUAGGAAUAAUUGGAAAACACAGAAGCUCUGGGCCAAAUUUCGAGAAAAUCCUGACCAGGUGGAGCCAGAGGACACCAGUGACGUCAGCCUCGGUCCCAGUUCUGAAGACAGCGUAGAGGAAGUCAAGGAAGGACGAAGUAGCCAUCCUCCCACAAACUCACCUACCCCAGCCAGUACCCGGAUCCUCAGAAAAUAUUCCAAUAUUCGAGGAAAGCUGAGAGCCCAGCAAUGUUUGAUCAAGAAUGAGAACAUGGAAAGCCCGUUUGGGCAAGCUGUGGAAAGUAAACAGAGUUGUAAGAGUGUAUGCAUCAACCCUCUGAUGUCCCCCAAGCUUGCCCUGCAGGUGGAUGCAGAUGGGUUUCCUCUUAAGCCCAAGAGCACUGACGGAAUGAAGGGAAGGAAAGGGAAGCAGAUGGCUGAAGUCUUGCUGAAAGCAGAAGUGCAGAAUAAACGUAAGAGGACAGAAGGCGGCAGCACUCAGGACAGGAAGGACAAGGGACCGGUGGUGAAAGCCAGCAAAGACAAGCGUCCUGAUGGAACCGCCAAAACCGCUGCUGCUAAGAAGCCAGCUGCCAGGGACAGGACCAGCCAGCUGCCCAGAAAGACGUCCUUAAAAGAGAAUAAAGUGAAGAUCCCUAAAAAGUCUCCCGGGAAGAACUGCCCUCCCUCUAGAAGGGAAAAAGAGAAUACAAACAAAAGACCCACACAGCCCCCUGCCUCGGAGGCAGGGACGAAACCUGCAAAGCAAAAGGGGGCAGGUGAGUCCUCUUCAAGGCCACAGAAAGCCACCAACAGGAAGCAGAGCAGUGGAAAGACUCGGGCCAGACCCUUGACAAAAACCCCGGAGAGCAGUGCCCAGAGAAAGCGAAAACUAAAGGCAAAGCUGGACUCUUCUCACAGCAAACGGAGACGGCUGGAUGCAAAGUGAUCGGAAGGCUGGCAGCCACGAGUUAAAACUGUCCUGCAGAAGUAACCCUGCAUUGUGCAUUAACUAACUCUGCUUUUAUAAGCUUAUCCAGCCUUUCAAAGCUGCAGGUAACAGAGAACACCACAACUGAAGAUGCCAGAAAAUGCGCCUCAGGUGGAGAAGGGAACUUGCAGAGUCUUUCUCUGAGGCUGAGUAAGGGAAGUUAUAUAUUAUAUUCUGGUUGUUCCUUGGGUUUUAAACUUGGAACCAGGCAGUUUUAGUUUUUAAAAGUACAGUGCCUUAUUUAUCCUUUUUGUUUUUAAAUUUACGAAAGCUAAAAAGCUGAUCUAUGUGAUAAAGGCUUGUAUUUUAUACUUGAUGCACAAGCACUUGUAGCCGAAAAGAUCACCAUCAUGCACAGAAAAGUAGCUUUUCAGCAGCCGCCCUGCAGCGUCUGUCCAUGAGCAGACGCUCCUCUUUGCAAACCCAAGCAGUGAACUUCCCUCUCUGUCUUGUUUGUUUGUUUAAAUGAUAUUCGAAAGCUAAACCAAAUCAUUUUUAUGGUAUGUGGAGAUUGCAGAGGGAAUUUAUAAUUAUUAUGA